CACCGCUGUCUGGCCGAGUCCCCGAGACACGCCUCGCCGACGUCACCGUCGUCGUACAGUCUACUGCGACCGCAGCCCGCACCACUCUCCUCCAAGCACCGCCGUCCGUACUACUUCUCCAGCGGCCGCAGCCUAGGCAAUGCCGCACCACCACCACACCAAUCCGUCGCAUCCUCCUGCGGCGCGCAAGCUCCUCUCCUGGCGCCGCGUAGUCGCCGCCUGCGCCGCUGUCGCGGCUCUCGUGCUCCUCCUGGCCGCCGCCCCGGCCACGGAGGACCCCAGCCGGUGGCGCUCUUAUCUCAUGGGACCCCUUCCUGGGGGGACCCGCAAGGAGACAGUGGCGGCCGCGGUCGUGGCGAGAAGCUUCGCGGGCCCCGCCGCCUCCACGUCGUCGCCAGCCGAAGCGCCGCUUUCAUCCUUGGGCGAGAUUAAUUUGUCAGCUAGGAUUGCUCCAGCAGCAGCGCCCUCUAUGUUCUUGGUCCCUUCAUCUUCACCCACAGAGAAUUUUGAUGAUGGUUCAAUGGAGGAACCCGAACAUCCUGAGAUAAAGAGAAAUCUGCCAAAGGAAUCAGCUCCUUUUCUCAAAAAAGAGCCCAUUUCCAGUGGUUUGCCUACAAUAAGCCCUGAUGCCAAUGGAGAACAUGUCAUGGAUACCAAAUCUGUUCUGCCUCUAACGCCAGAGCAGGCACCUCUUUGGUCAACAGCAGCUGAUGAAGAGCUUAUAUAUGCAAAGAAAGAGAUCACUAAUACACCAUUGACCUCAGACGACCCUGAUCUAUAUGCACCCCUGUUCCGGAAUGUGUCCAUCUUUAAAAGGAGUUAUGAACUGAUGGAGAGACUUCUUAAGGUUUUCAUAUAUCAUGAUGGAGCAAAACCUAUUUUCCAUUCCCCAGAGUUGAAAGGUAUCUAUGCGUCUGAGGGAUGGUUUAUGAGAUUGAUGGAGACAAACCAGAAUUUUGUUGUCAGAGAUCCAAACAGAGCCCAUUUAUUCUAUCUCCCAUAUAGUUCUCGUCAACUGGAGCAUAACCUUUAUGUGCCUGGCUCAAAUUCAAUUGAGCCACUGUCUAUCUUUGUUAAAAAUUACAUUGACCUAAUCUCGGCCAAGUACCCAUAUUGGAAUAGGACAAAAGGAGCUGAUCAUUUCUUUGUUGCUUGCCAUGACUGGGGGCCUUACACAACCAAAUUGCACGAUGAAUUGCGGAAGAACACUAUUAAAGCUCUCUGCAAUGCAGACCUCUCUGAAGGAAUUUUUAUCCGUGGAAAAGAUGUUUCCCUUCCAGAAACAUUUCUUAGAUCACCAAGAAGACCUCUAAGAGAUAUUGGGGGAAGACCAGCCGCACAGAGAACUAUCCUGGCCUUCUUUGCAGGGCAGAUGCAUGGUCGAGUUCGACCUGUACUUCUCAAGUAUUGGGGAGACAAGGAUGCUGAUAUGAGAAUAUACAGUAGGCUGCCACACCGAAUCACUAGGAAGAGAAAUUAUGUUCAGCAUAUGAAGUCAAGCAAGUACUGUAUCUGUCCCAUGGGGUAUGAGGUAAACAGCCCGAGAAUAGUUGAGGCAAUAUAUUAUGAGUGUGUUCCAGUAAUAAUUGCCGACAAUUUUGUUCUCCCAUUUGAUGCUGCACUCAACUGGAGCGCAUUCUCUGUUGUCGUACCAGAAAGUGAUGUACCUAAGCUGAAGGAGAUCUUGUUGGCAAUACCUGAGAGUCGAUACAUAACCCUGCAGUCAAAUGUGAAAAGGGUGCAGAAGCAUUUUCUGUGGCAUCCAAAUCCUGUCAAGUAUGACAUUUUCCACAUGAUACUACACUCAGUUUGGUUUAGCAGGGUAAAUCAGAUCCGUUAGGGCAGCACCUGUGGUUCACAUGCCUGAAUUACAUAUGAGGGUUGUUUGCUGACCCAUUUUUGGUGUGCUUGUCUGAAGGAAGCUGCUCAUGUGGUGGGAUUUGGAUUGUAGUCUGGUCGGCGCAGCUGUUCCUUGCUCAAAGUUCUGAAUGGAGAUAUUGAUCUGACAGGAGAACUGACAAUCUGUGGAUAAAAUACAGUUUAUAUAGGAGCAGGCUUAGAAUUUGCGAGUUCUCAUUACUGGUAACUUUUCUCAUGGAUAGUUUGGUGUAAGCGUUGACAAAAGUUGAUCCAAGUGCUGUGAUGAUGUUCCAUUCUGUAAGAUUGUAAUUUUCGUUACUCCUUUUCACUUGGGCACGGGAAAAGAUCUGGAAACAUUGUAUGUAACUGGUCAAAAACAUAAAGGAAAAGAUUGAUUUAUUUUGAAAGGAUAUAAAUACGUCACAACAUAUGCUCCGUUUCACCUUUUAUGGGGAAACUGGUGCAUUUUUUUUUCAUA